AUGAGGGCGGCUGCCGUCCUCAGUGUGGCGCUCGGCGUCUCGUCCGAAAGCGCGUGGGGGCGGCCGAGCGACGCCGUCGAGUGCGACCGACUCGGAGCGCAGUCUGCGCACGUCGUGGGCGUGCCGGGGGCUUUCUGCGUGCACUGGGACGUCUCGGGCGAGUUGGAGCUCCCGACGGACAGCUGCUGUGCGGUGGUCGACCGCACUAGCGGUGCAGUGGGCUGCGUCCUCAUUAGCGAAACCGAAGAGCGGAACGUCGUGUGUCUGCGGUCUGCUGACGUGAUGACGAGGACAACGAACGCGACAGAGGCUUUGCCAGUGACGACAACUGCAGAGGCUGCGGAAGGACGUGCGUCGGUAGUACCUGAGGCAGGCGGUCGAGACACGCGGACGAUGGCUUUGACGUUGGAUCCAGUGGCGGGCGCGACCACCCAAAAAAUUGCUGCGACGGCUACUGCCCCUAUGGUUGCUACGACAUCGGCUGCUGCGGUAGUGCAAGAAGAUCACGGGGUGCCGCCUUCGUCUCCGGUGGUGGCGACUCUGGCUCCAGUAGCGCCGGAGUAUGCUGCUGUGACAGGGGCUACGGGUUGGACGACGGCACCAUCAGGGUCUGUACUAGCCGCCACGUCUGCUCCAGUGGCUGCAACUCCAGUCGCUGAUGCUGGUUCAUCAAUCCCGAUGCCGACGACAUUGGCGCCGUCCGUGGCACCUCCUACAACUCCGGCAACCGUUACGGCUGCCGCCGUCACCUGUGUCCGAGUCAAGCCCGUUCAGUAG